ACUUCGGACACGUUGGAUCCGUAUCUGGACAUUACUCUAGAUAUCCACGCAGCUCACAGCGUGAAGCAGGCCUUGACACAGUUUGUGGAGCCCGAGGAACUCAGAGGGGAAAACGCCUAUCACUGCGGUGUUUGUCUCCAGAAGCGGCCUGCCUCCAAGCCCUUGUCUGUACACACUUCCUCCAAGGUGCUUAUCUUGCUGUUGAAACGUUUCUCGCACUUGACGGGGGAGAAGACUGCCAAGCGCGUGCAGUACUCAGAGUGGCUCGACAUGCAGCCGUAUAUGUCUGACCAGAACAGGGGACCACUCUGGUACAGCCUCUACGCUGUGCUCGUCCAUGCUGGCUCAACCUCCCGCAGUGGACAUUACUUGGCUUACGUCAAAGCUGGGGAUGGCCACUGGUACCAGAUGAACGAUGACAGAGUAACUGCCUGUGACAGAUCUGCUGCCCUGUCUCAAGAGGCCUAUGUCCUCUUUUACGUCCAGAGGUCUAACCUGGGAACAGACAGAAGCAGCGGGUCUGCUGCCGGGGAAGAGGAAAGUGUUGCGGCCGAGGACAAGGACUUGAUUAACAAAGCGAGAGCUCUGCAGACACAUUGUCACAGAGCAUAUGGCAAGGCAGAGGAGCAGGCCCAGGAGAGCACGUUAGAGGAGUGGAAAUCCUUGCAAGAGCAAAUCCAAGCAAAGAAGCCUCCGUUGAACCUCAGGAAAGUUGAAGGGAACCUUCCGGACAAUGCAGUCGUCAUUCACCCAUCGAAACACAGAGGGGCGCUCGUGAAGACACAUCCUGGACAAGACAAUUUCUGUCCCAACACAUCGGCCAGAAGCGUUUCACCUCUAGAGCGCACCGGCAUGAACCACGCACCAUGUGUUGGAGAAGGAGCCAGAGCCCCCAAGAGGAAGAACAAGAACAAGAACAAGAACAACCAACAGCACAGGAGACCUGCGCUUGUGAUUUGGUGA